AUUUCAGCUUCCUGCCUCUGCUGUGUUUCCACCUUUGGAUGGGCAGGAGUUGAACUGUGGCAUCUGGCAGAAGCCAGCUUUAACGUGGGAUUUAUCCUGAAUAAAAUACUUGCAGAAGGAAAAGAAACGUCAUUUGACUCAUUGAAGAUUUAAAACCAACAGAGUCAUGUGGGAGAAAAUGAAAUUUUAGUCUCAAGUGGCAGAAUCGAGUCAUAAGAAGUAAAGAGAUUUGGAUGGUUUCUCACUAAAUGGAAAUUAUAUAGAAGGCUUCUAAGACCACUGCAUCUCUCCAUCCCGCUCCUGCUGCACAGAGACUGCACUCUUGGCCUUGGACGUUAAUAAAAUGCUGGAUUCAGUCAAGUGUGUUCUGGUGGGAGACUCUGCCGUUGGGAAAACAUCCCUCCUGGUACGUUUCACCUCUGAGACUUUUCCAGAUGACUACAGACCCACUGUAUAUGAAAAUACCGGAGUGGAUGUCUUCAUGGAUGGCGUACAGAUCAGCUUAGGUCUUUGGGACACAUCAGGCAGUGAUGCCUUUAAAGGCAUUCGCCCCCUCUCCUACCAACAGGCAGAUGUGGUAUUAAUGUGCUACUCAGUGGCAAACCACAAUUCCUUUCUGAACCUGAGGAACAAAUGGAUCAGCGAGAUCCGCAGCCAUUUGCCCCGCAUCCCCGUUUUGGUGGUGGCCACUCAGACUGACCAGCGGGACAUGGGUCCCUACAGCUCCUCCUGCAUCAGCCCUAUGGACGGAAAGCGGCUCGCCCAGGAUGUGCGAGCCAAGGGCUACUUGGAGUGCUCUGCCCUCAGCAACAGGGGAGUGCAGCAGGUGUUUGAGUAUGCUGUGAGGACAGCGGUCAACCAAGCCAAAAGGCAGAACAGGCGGAAGCUCUUCUCCAUUAAUGAGUGCAAGAUCUUUUGAGGACUGUCAGCAGUGGUUUUGCUCACGUUUGUUCUUUCUGUUUUCUCACAAAGACGCUGCAGCAGAGGGAAUGGGAGGUGAAUCAAAGGAGGGCUCCUGGAAGGACCACAGUGCAGGUGCCUAUUUAUGAAACAGGUGUGCUCUUUAUCUGAGCCUCUUCCCUCCAAAACACGUGUGCUAUCUUGAAAAAUGAAAGGUGCAUACCCUUAUUCACAGGCCUGUGUUUGGACUUUGCAAGCCUGAACUGCUGCAGGCCUAGCCUGCAGAUCUGCAGAUAACAGCAGUACUGAUUUUGGUUUUGUUUCUGUCAGUGUUCCUCAGUUGUUGGUUUGUCUGCAUCUGCAUUUAUUUAAUGAUCAGCCCCCACCUCUGUCCUUGUGGAUUUUUUUUUUAUUCAAGAAUGUAGUAUAUAAAACCUGACUAAUGUGUAUUUUAUUUAGAGGACUCACGGAUAUAUUGUUGAAAAUUACAAAAGUUUGUUUUAAUAUUUUGGUGGUUUUCCCUUUAGCUAACCACAGAAAUGAACUGUCCUAUCCAUGUAAUAAAUGGCCUGCAGGCAAGCCUUAGACUUGCUUGAGUCAUUGCAUAAUGGUCAUCAGUAUGUCCAGCAUAGGAAUAAUCAAAACUUAGUGACAUUUGACAGCUGUCUCCUGCAGUUUUGUGAGAUUUGUUACCUUAAUAUUGUUCCUCAACAAUGUGGUCAAAGGUGGGAAACUAAUCUGAUUCUUCCUAGACCU